AUGGAGGACCAGCACAUCGCCGGCAGGUGGAGCGGCAAGUUUUCAUCGUCAGCCAAUCCAGAGUAUGUUGUUGAGCUGGACGCAGCUAUAGCGCUGCUGCCGUCAGGCGGCUUUCCAUCGAUCUUUGGCGCGUCUGCCGACGGUGACCUGGUCAUCGGCACGUACGCGGCCGAGUCACGCAAGGCCACGUUCCGAGUCUCAGGCAUUGCCGCCGGAUCUGACGACGGCACGCUGGUCUUCACAGGCACGGUCUUUGGCGGGUCCGGCUCGAGCUCCAGCUCGGAUGCCGCGGUGGUGCGGAUGGCCGGGACAUGGAACCAGCCUUCGAGCGGUGUGUCGGGCAUGUUCGGCCUGAUGCUCGUCGAGCCAGGCGCGUCGCUGGCCGGAGUGUGGAAGGGCGAGGCCGUGCCUGCGCCUGAGCUCGCCCCGUUCUGCAUCCCGACCAAUCCCAUCACCUGGGUCCUUGCUCCUAUUCCUGACCGCGGCGAUGCGGUUGUCGGCGCAGGCUUCUUUGACGAUGCCGCCGACGUGCCCGGCCAGCCGGUCAUCGCCUUUACCGUCACCGGCACUUGUACCGUCGAAGGCGACGAGAACAAGCUCAAGCUCGUCAAGCAGUACGAGUACAACGAAGCCGUCGAGAACUACGCUGUCGACUAUGUCGGUGUUUGGGACAAGAGCGCCCAGGCCGUCUCUGGCUCGUGGCGCAACGAGCUCGGCGGCUCGCACGGCUCCUUCCAUGCUCGGCGGCUGGACCCAUCGACCGCCGUCUCGGCCGCCACUCUUGUCUGUGCCGAGUGCGCCACGCUCUGCACACCGGGCGAUGAGUUCCACGAGUGCAUCGCCUGCCGGUCUCCGGGCUACAUCGCCUGCGCCGCCUGUGCUCCCACCUCGCCUCACACGGCGUCGGCCGGCGCCGGCCACACCCUCGACCCGCAACGACUCUACGCGCCACAGCAGGUCCGCGGUGAGACAUGCGCGGAGCUUGUAGUGGCUGCGCUCGACGCCUUUGCCUCCCGCCCGUUCAUCGCCUCCCGCUCCACCGGCGGCUGGCUGACCUACGCCGACAUUGCCGCCACGGCCCGAGGCUGGACCCGCCAACUGGCGCCGCACGCGCCGGCCGGCAAGGUUGUCCUGCUCGGCGACAUGAGCCCAGCCUAUGUCUCCGCCAUGGUCGGCACCAUUGCUGCAGGCGUCGUUGUCGUGCCCAUCGACGGCGCUCUGCCGAUCGAGACCCUGGCUGCUGUCGGCGCCAAGGUCGCGCCAGUCGCCGUCCUCUGCUCUGCCGACUACGUUGCCAAGGCCGAGGCCAUGAACGCCGGAACCGUUAUUGUCUACGAGGAAGACGCCACCGACGGCGCCUCUCCAGAUGACGAGAGCCCGGGGCCCCAGCUCGAGAUUCCCGCGCGCGACCGUGGUGAUCUCGCCGCACUGCUGUUUACCUCAGGCUCGACUGGCGUGCCCAAGGGUGCCAUGUACACCGAGGCCAUGCUCCUUCCGACCUUUGCCGGCGGCACCAACAUGUGGCGGAUGAUCCGCCUCGACUUUCAGGCCUUCCACCCAUCGUUCAUUGUCUCGCUCCUCGCCCUCAUGUCGUGCGGCGGGAGUCGGUUCCUCGCCACCGAUCCGACGACGCUGCUGGAGGACAUGACGCUGGCGCGGGCGACCCACAUCUCGGCGCCGCCACUCCUGUUUUCUCUCCUCCGCAAGGCCUACGACGAAGUGAUUCGCCAGACCGCGAGCCGCGAGGCCGGCCUCGCCCGAGUCCGGGCGUGCCUCGGCAACCGGCUUGUCUCGCUCAUCUCGGGCGGCGGUGCCAUUGCACCGUCGACCCUCGACUUUUUCCGCAACGACGUCGGCGUCACCGUCGACGAUCUGCUUGGCUCGCGCGAGGCCGGCCCACUCGCCAAGAACGGCGAGCUCUAUCCGUCAGUCACGCCGCUCCUGCUUGACGUCGAGAGCCUCGAGCCGUCAGUGCCGCUGGCUGUCGGCGCAGUCGGCGUCCUCGCUGUCGCCUCACCGCGGCUCAUUCCGGGCUACUACGACGACGAGGCCCGAAGCGCCCGCGCCUUUACCACCGUUGCCGGUACCCGGUACUAUAUCACCGGCGACGUUGUUAGGGUGUUGAGCCUGCCGGGCCCUCUCAGGAACCUGAAGAUCGCGCUCGAGGGCCGUGUCGGCUACGGGUGUAAGCUCGCCAACGCCAAGUGGCUCGCACCCGAUGCGCUUGAGGCCGUCCUCGAGGCUGCGCCGUGGGUCUUGCACGCGCUCGUUGUCGCCCGUCCGGGCACCUCGGCGCCGGUCGCCAUCAUUGUCCCGUCGCAUCUUGCCCCGACUGACGUCGAUCCGCCCUCCAUGCUUGCCGAGCUGCGGUUCUGGUGCACCCACCAUCACAGCCAGUUUACCCUUGCUGCCGUGGCGCUCGAGCACGAGCGCUGGUCGCACGCCAACGGCAUGCUCACCGCCACAGCCAAAAAGGCGCGCGCCGCGCUCCAUGCUUGCUACAAGACCAUCAUCGACGCGCUCUAUGACGCGCCUGCCGCUCCAAAGGGCGCCGAUGUGGCGCUCUCGCCGAUCAUGGCCGAUCUGCUGCGGACAAGCAUCGGUGUCGACGUCGAUGACAGCGGGCGCGUCGACGCCUCGGUCGCCACAUCCACUCUGCUUGAGCUUGGCGGCGACUCGCUCGCACUCGCCCAACUGGUCGGCAAGCUCCAGAAGGCCGGUGUUGCGCUCUCGAUGGCUGACGCCCAGAUGUACUCGGUGGCACACCUGGACGGGAUGGCGCUGCGUGCAAGCGAGAGCGUCGGCGCCGCGGCCGCGCUCCCACGAUCUGUUCGGCGUGCCGUCAACUGGAGCGCCGAGGUGGCGAUGCCGAUGGCGGAUCUCACGCCUGUCCAUAAGGCAAGCACGUCGCCAAGCAAGUCUGUGUUGCUCACCGGCGCCACUGGCUUUCUUGGCCGCGCACUUCUGCUGUGCCUGCUGAAUGACGCAUCUGUAGCAACAGUGGUGGUCCUUGUUCGUGAUCCGGGCCGGCUGGAUCCGGCCGCCGCCUGCGAUCCGCGUGUUGAGGUUCUGGUCGGCGAUCUUGGCGAGGCGCAGCUUGGGCUUGAUGACAUCGCAUGGGCUGCGCUUCUUGGACGCGACCUGACCGCAAUUAUCCACGCUGGGGCGGCUGUCAACAUGGUUCUUGCGUACGAGGCGCUCCAGCGGAUCAACGUUGGCGGAACCAAAACAAUGGUGGGCGUGGCGGCGGCGACCAAUGCGCGGCUGGUCCACGUCUCGUCGGUGGCGGCGCUGCCUGCGGCCGAGUUUGCGGCCGAGGGCUGGAUCGCGCUCCCGAGCAGUGACGACAUGGACAAGCUUGGCGGCUACGCUGCAUCCAAGGUUGUUGCCGAGGCUGUUGUCCAUGAGGCGUCGCAGGCCGGUCUUGACGUGGUUGUGGCUCGGUUGUCGUCGCUCUCGGCCGGGCCUGACGGGGUGGCCAAUCCGGCGGAUGUGCUGACGCACCUGCUUGAGCUGUGCAAGGAGAUGGGGGUCGGCCCGCGCGGCGGGCUCUCGCUCGACUGGAUGCCUGUAGACGUGGCGGCCCGGGUGGUUGUCGGCGCUGCGCUGAUCGAGGGGGCGCCCUGCCGUCGCCGCCGACGUUGCAUGUCGUCGGGCACGGUCCACCGCUGUACAUGGCGCUCGAUAGCGCCGGAGUCACCGAGCGGGCCGAGACCAACACGUGGCGUGCAGCUGCGGAAGAGGCACUGGCGGCUCCAGGCCACCGAUCAGCGGCUCUGCGCGGCCUGCUGACGCAAAUGUCGUUUGCAAGCGGGAAUCGCGGGCGUGUACCGUGUGCGCGGAGCCGGGCGUUUGCCGAGGACCAGCUGGGCGAGACGCAGUGGCCGGCCUGGGCUUAGUCAGAGGUGCCAUCGAGUCGCCGCCCAGCGUCUGCGUCGAGGGAGGCAAGAUGGAUCCUGCACCACGGGAGAUUGGGAUCCUGCACCACGGGAGAUUGCCGCAUUGCGUUUGCUGCCGUCGCUUUCAAUGACUGUGGCGACGAUGGUGACGAUGGCGACGCCAAAGACGCUCAGCGAGAUAAAGCGCUACUUGCCA